AUGAAAGAAGAUAAGAAGAGUGAGUCAAAAACUCCUCUUCUAUCUGCUAAUCUUUCUUAUCCAACUCGCCCAUAUGUUGCUCAAAUGCCUGCAUUAAUGCGUCUAAUUGGUCAUUAUACAGAUGCUGGUCGCCCAAUGCCGAAUCCCGGUUCAUCUGAUGCAGAAAUAGCGGUUCGUAAUCAACAAGACGAUGAGCAAGAACAACGACUUGUUCACAAUACAGAUGUCCAACCUAUAGAACAUAUCAAUCCGUUUGUUCGUUGGCAUCGACGUUGGUACCAUAGUAAAGUUGUUGAUCCAUCACCAACCGUUGGUGUUUUUUAUUCACCAUUUAAUAUGGCUCUUGAACCUUGGGCUAUGGGCUUAGGUGAUAUGGGAUGUGGAAAAGUAUUCAAACAAUAUCGAAUGUGUACACAUAUGAUGCCAAGUACUCAUCGAUAUCUAUGUCAAGAUGAAAAGGAGGAUGUCAAAGAAUGCAUACUUUCACAAAAACGAAUCCUUCGCCAUCAAUAUAUGUAUCAGCAUCGCGUCAAGAAAAAUCUACCAUUUCCCGAAGAUCCAUUGAUCGAUGGAUAUAAUUGGCCUUCAUUCAAAUAUUUGAAUUGA